UGUAGAAGGAGCUGCUCAAGUACAGCGUGAAGCCCAGGUCUGUACAAAAGCUAUAGACUCGGAGCUUCUUGUUAGAAGUAUGGUCACCAAGGCUGACAUGAAUGUCGAGGUAGCCUGUAAGCAGUUAGCUGGUUGUUGCUUAUCAAACCAAGCAUCACUGACUUGCUAAGUGCAGACAACCCAGAUUCUGAUAGGAUAGUGAGUUCUCCAUCUGAUCUCAGAAUGAACCUGGCGAUAUCAACGAUGAGAUAUCUCUCGAUGACCAUCCAAGAGAUCAGGUCUUCGCCCGAAUCAGUCGCGAUAUGAAGGACAUUGGGGAAGGUCGACGUUUUGACCUUGAAGAGUCUGAAAGAUGUCAAGAUUCCAUGUCCGUUGAAAAGGCACCUUAUCCUAGUAUUUCAUAUGGAAAGGUAGAAAACAAACCAGAAGGGUACAAGGGUGUACAAUCUGGGUCUCCCCUUCAUGAUUCUUCUGGUAGUUUCUUUAGAUUGGUCUUGACCAAUCUGUAGAUACUUCUGCACUGCCAGAAGCUAUAUCAAGCUUGCCAUAGUAGGGCAGUCAAAGUGAUCGUGAGACUAGUCAUAGUCCUCAACCAUCAUUCUCUUCAAAAUUGAUCGGUGAAUCAGGCAAGAAAGAACCGUCCUAUGAUCAGAAGAUGGAGUUGCCCAUCAUCAUCGAACAUCCCACAAAAGUCUCGACCAUGGUGAUCAGCGUCCGAGGUUAUGAGAUUAAGCUUUGUGUAUGUCGUGGUAACGGAAGUGAAAGGACUCUUUUUGUCUUCAAAGUCAAAUACAGAGAAGGUGAUCAUUUCGAACACCAACUUUUGACAGUUGUGGAGGCUGCGUUUAUGAACAAUUACUAUGAACUUGGGAAGAUGAAGCUGUACAAUGAGGAAUCAGGGCUGAGAUUUACACCAGAUGGACUACAACUUAUUCUUCUAGAUUGUUUCAAGUUACGUGACUCCAGAUAUGCUCUAUAUAGCUAUCUUCUAGUAGAUGUUUGAAGAGAAUUUUCCAGUUUCAGAUCAUUCUUGUGUCUCGAAACAAGGAAUAUUUUACUUGAAAUCUCAACACAUGAGAAACAGUUUUGGAUAUCAAUGCUGCCAGCAAGCAUUUUCUGAUGCCUUAGUAUAGAGCAACACUUCAGGUUUUGCAUAGUGAACUCUUUCCAUUUUAAUGCAUAACGGUGUAUUAUGAGUUGAUAUGUGACUAGUUCCUUUCUUCUAUGCAACCUACUGAAUUUUGCGUGCCCUUCUAAAUUUUAAGCCGUACCGGAGGGAG